ACAGCUACCGAGCCAGCUUACACGUGGGGAGAGCGUUGGAAAACAGACAUGUCGGACAGCGGCGAUACACAAGCGGCACGCGUAGCGGACGAAGAUCAACACCCAGCGCUCAUGACCAUGCGGACCCGCAGCGGCCGCGUGGUGCGUCGCCCAUCCGGACUCCAGAGAACCCCGGUGACUUCCGGCAGGAGGACCAGGAGGUUCGUCAUACCGGAGCAGAAAGACCCGAUGGAACAGGCGCCGGAGCCGGUCGAGGAGAAGCCAACAGUAUGUGUCGAACCGGAGCCGGUCGAGGAGAAGCCCGCAGUAUGUGUCCUACCGGAGCCGGUCGAGGAGAAGCCCGCAGUAUGUGUCCUACCGGAGACUGUGGAGGAGAAGCCCGCAGUAUGUAUCGAACCGGAGACCGUGGAGGAGAAGCCUGCACUGUGUCUCGAGCCGGAGCCGGUGGAGCCUCGCACAGACGCCGCAGCAGAGGUGGACAUAGCCGGCCAGGUGUCCAAGGCCGCCCCGGUAGAAAAAGCCCCAACGACACCGGAGACGGAGUCGCAAUCCCCCAAGAAGAAGCCUCGUCUGGGGUCGAGUGUGAAAGCGACGGUGGUUAUUCCUCUCGGGAAGCCAAAGUCAGGCAGAGUGUGGAAGGACCGCAACAAACAGAGGUUCUCCGCGCUGGUACGAGACUCGUCGCUGUGUACCUCCUGGGAGAAGAAGAUGCAGGCCAAGCGAGAGAAGCAGCUGGUGCAGAACUACAUGUUGCAGCUGAAAGAGCAGAAAGCCAAAGUGAAAGAGGACAAGCGGAAACGGCGAGAGGAGAACUUGAAGCGACGAGCGGAGAACGAACGCAAGGCGGAGGUCGUGCAAGUGAUCCGAAACCCGGCGAAGAUCAAGAGGAUGAAGAAGAAGCAGCUGAGGCAGAUUGAAAAGCGCGACACGCUCGCUCUGCUGGAAAAGUCCAAGAACAACAACCAGAACCAGAACAACAAAACCAAGCGAGCAAAGAAAAACAAGAACAUUUGACCUGAAGACUUCUUGGCGUUCGUGCUGUUUCUCUACAGUUGAUUUAUGUACACAAGAGCUUAAAAGCUUUCUUAUUAACCGUGCGAAUCAAAACCUUUCAAAUGUUCUGCACAAAUAAUGGAGUUGUUGCUGUACAGGUCCCUCAAGUUUGGUCUCAGGCUGGGGUUUUGGGUUCUCUUUGCAUGACUUUGUUUUAAAUAAAGUAUUUCCUGUUCAUCUUU